CUGGAGCCAAUAAUUGAAGAUAUUCCGUGUGUGAUAUUGGAAUAACAGAUCAAACAUCUCGGCGUAUUCAUAACGCGUUGUUCUUCCAGUAGGAGUACGUGCUAAAUUAUUAUAGCAUUUCUUAAAAUGGAUAUUGACGAAAUAUACUGAAAGGAAUAUGAGUUUCAGCCGCAGCGAUGUUGAAAUGUUGGGCAAACCAACAGAACCCCUAAAUCUAACUAUGUACCUGGCGGAUAUCUUGAGGCAGUUUAACUUCGACGAAAACAUGACGUCCGAAAUACUUGCACUUUCACCAGAGCAAAGGCGACAAUUCAUUGAAGACCUUCAGCUGCCGUCACCAGUUCAAGAGGCGGACGUGAUGAAUGUCUUCGAGUACCGAGUCCACAAGGCGAUCAGUCUCUACGUGCCACCUUUCCUGCUCCUAAUGGGGACUUUUGGCAACGUCAUCGCGUUCAUAAUCCUUCGAAACAAGGCAAUGUCCCGACAGUCAACCAAUCUCUAUCUAGCGGCACUGGCGCUAGCAGAUUCCUUAGUGUUGUUUGUCGGCCUGUUUCGGCGGUGGAUGGGCGACGUGCUAGGGGUAGAUAUUCAAAGUGAAACGGCAUGGUUGUGCAAGACGGUGUCUGUUUUGGCCUUAAGCGGAAGCCAGUUUUCCGUUUGGCUAAUAAUUGCGGUCACAAUCGAGCGAUAUAUAGUAGUUAGUCAUCCGUUACAUGCAUCAAGAUAUUGCAAUCCAUCUCGAGCGAAACGGGUUAUUGCGCUGAUUGCAUCUAUAUUCCUAUCACUCAAUAUACACUUUGCGUGGACAAUGACAACACAUGAAAAAUCAAACGGAUUCAAAGAAUGUAUACCAACCAAAUCGUUCCACUAUCUCGUGGUGACAAUAUGGCCAUGGAUUGACGCCACACUGUAUGCACUGCUCCCUUUCCUACUAAUAGUUAUCUUUAAUACCUUGAUUAUAUUCCAGACUAUUAAAGCCACACUAUGGCGUGAUGCAGCGCAGAAUGGACCCUUCAAACAGUCUGACAAACGGAAGUACUUCAGUGACACUAACAUUAAACUUACUGUGAUGCUACUAGCGGUUUCCUUUACAUUCCUUAUCACCACAUUCCCAAUGGCCAUUGUAAUGGUAUACCACAGUCAAUGGAACGGAAACACUGAGAAUGCGUCAAUACCUGUGUUAGCCAAAAGACAGCUCAUACGAACUUGCUCCGAAAUGCUUAUGUUCUUAAAUCAUUCAGUAAAUUUUUACCUGUACUGCGCUCUGGGACAAAAGUUCCGCAACCAUGUAAUGAAAAAGCUAUGCCGUAAGAAUGCGUCUACUUCGACGAAUCUUUCUGACCACAGCCAGCACCUGUAUUGCUCACGUGUCAAUGGCUACCACGUAGCUAGUAAGACCAUAUGCCACGAUGAAACGGCCUUAUGAUUUCAAAUGUACGGCGACAGACACAAAACAGUU